GGAGGGGCGGCUGUGCCGGCGGAGCCCGGGGCGGGCUUUUAAGAGCUGUUUCCUGGGGAAGGAAGGAAGGAGAGAGAGAGGGAGGGAGCGGCCGCCGCCCCCAACGUUAAUCUGCUUCAUUUUGGUCUAAAAACGGUCGUUUUGACUCGUUUAAAACUCGCAAAAAAAAUUUUUAUUGAGAGGUUAGUCUAUGGUACCGUGUGUGGUAUUUUUUUUCUUUUAACCCCCCCCCCCAAAAAAAAAAUCACCUCGUUUCCACGCUCUGGGCCCAAUUCAAACGACCUUCACAACUGUGUCCCUCAGGAAAGUUUAAUAAUGGUAGAAAAUACGGAUCGGGAAAAUCUUGGCAAAAAACUUCAAGACCUUUGUAAUUCUCCCAAUCCUGAUCUUGAUGAAGCAAAAAGAUUACUUCAAGAGGGUGCACCAGUGGAUUACAAUGUGUCUGGGCUCGAAACUCCAUUAUUAUAUGCCGUGUCACAUGGCUAUGAAGAUCUUGUUGAAUUACUCUUGAGGAGCAAAGCAGAUGUCGACUAUAAGAUGGAGGGCUUUGGCUGGUCGCCUUUGCUAAGUGCUGUAAAAUCAAAUCAUGAGAACAUUGUCCAUUUAUUAUUGAAAUAUGGAGCCAAUCCGCAAAUCAAGAAACUAAAUGGAGCUACACCAUUCAUUGUUGCUGCCAUAGUUGGUAAUGUCAAGUUGCUCCAAACCUUUCUCGACCUGGAAGUAGAUAUCAAUGAGGCAGACAGCUUUGGUUUUACCGCAUUCAUGGAAGCUGCCCAGUAUGGUAAAGAGGAGGCUUUACGCUUUCUUUUUAAGAACAAGGCUGAGGUGAACAAACACCGAGAAGUGAAUGAGGAAACAAAGACGUUAGGAAAAGGUGGAAAGACAGCUCUGAUUGAUGCUGUGCGUAAAGGGCAUGAAGAUAUUGUCGUCAUCUUGUUGGAUGAGAUGGAAGCUGAAGUCGAUGCCCAGGACAACCUUGGCCGAACUCCAUUAAUGUAUGCCUUGGAGGAGGACAAUGAGACAAUUGUGACAAUUCUGUUGGAUCGUGAUGCUGAUGUUAGCCAUGUGGACAAAAACUACGGCACGCCCAUAUACACUGCAUUAAAGAAAGAUACAGUGAAUACCAGUCUGGUGAAGCUGUUGAUGGAACACAGGCCAGACCUAAAUGUCUGUGAGGAAGCUGAAAGUACCCCAUUGAUUCUUGCUGUAAAAAAGAAAAAAAAGGACUUGGUCAAGCUUUUCCUGAAAGACGAAAACAUCAACGUCAAUGCAAAAAAUAAUAAGGGAGAAACGGCCCUUCUGGCAGCAGUGGAGGUGGAUGACCUAGCGAUGGCUAAACUACUGUGUGAUAAAGGAGCAGAUGUAAACUGCAUCAACAAGUCAGGAGACACACCAGCCAGUGUGGCCAGGCGAAAAUACAACCUAGAUAUGCAAACGUUAUUGAGGAAAUAUGAAGAUUUGCGGGGAAACAAAGAUGUAUCACCUAAAAGAUGGAAAGUGCGGAGUCAACGUUGGCAUGAACAACUGAAGCUUCUGAGGAACGUGCACCCAUUGCCCAUCGGGAAGCUAAAUCUGUCCAGGUUGGAGGCUUAUAGAAUGAAAGAAUUUGUCUACUUGGGUUUCUUGAAUGAGGAAACUGAAGUAGCUGUGAAAUGCUUCCGGAAGGACAGUGAAGAAGCGCGCAGAGAAAUGUGUGUCCUCUUACACCAACAGAUCGUCUCGCACAGCCAGUUUGUACGAUACAUUCAUCAUGAAACUGACUCACAAUGCGAAUAUAUUUGCCUGCAGAUUUAUGAGUAUAACCUGCAGGAAUUGGUAGAACAGAAUCCCGAGGAAAUCAAAGAGAAAGCACCGAAUGUAAUGAAAGAGUUGAUCAAGGCUCUUGAGAUUUUGCAUGGAGCUAAAUUUGCCCAUCGGAAUUUGCAUCCAACUCAUGUCCUGAAAGAUGUUGGAGAGCGGAUUUGUCUGGCGGAUUUUGACUCGAGUGUCCAUUUCGAUGAGAAUAAGAAUGUGGUGUUAGAAUCAGAAGGUACUUGGGAGGCCUCUGAGGUCUUGCAGAAGAUGAAAGAAUCACCCCCUGUGACAUUUACUGAAGAUGAGCUUUUUAGGGCAGAUUUACAGGCAUUGGGACGGCUUUUACACUAUAUGGUGACUGGAGGAAAGGAUGCCUACAGCAGCCCAGCAGACGUAGCCUGUAAUAGGCCAUCUUUGGAGGAGGAGCUACUUUCUGCAGAGGCCAGACAUCUGAUCGAGUGGCUGUUGGCACCAGCAGCAGAACGAGCUACCAUCAGUGAUGUCAAACAGCACCCAUUCCUCUGGAAACCAGCAGAAAAGAUCGGGUUUCUCCACAAAGUGGCUAAUGAGGAGGAUGUACGAACUCGCAAAGAAGACACUCCCAUCACCUUGUGUCUCAAUGACAAGGUGGAUGAACAAAAGACCUUCUAUACUUGGACAGAAAAGAUUGAUGAAGAAGUUCUGAAUUGCAUGAUCAUGGGAGCACAAAAGAAACCGCAGAAGAACUCAAAGACAAAGUUCAAAAACACACCCUGCGAUCUGCUGAGGCUCAUACGAAACCUGACAGAGCAUUUGGGAGAGAAGUCCAAAGAGAUACAGGAGAAAGUUGGAACGCCAGAAGAAUAUUUCUUGGGGAUGUUUCCUGACUUCACCUUGUGGGUCUACAAUGCCUUGAGGUCCACUGAAUGGGAGAGACGCUUUCUGAAAGACUAGAGGCCAGCUCCUAUCAAGAGUGCCUUGGGACAUCCUCCUGACGUGAAAGGCGCUAUAUAAAUGCGGUUUGUUAUUGAAGGGCAAUUUGCGUGUGAUGAGCAGAGCUGGGUGCCAAGCAACAAUGGGACAACAGCAAGAGAAUAGCGGGGUGGGGGGGGAGGGAGCGAGGGGCAAAUGACGGAGAGGAUCAGGAGACUGCGCAAAA